GAUGAAUACGAUGGUUGCAAAGAGGUUAUGCUGCCCAAAAGCUCCCCGUUGAGUCAGAGUGAGAAAGAGAAAGGCUAAAGCCAGACCCGCGUCAGCGCAGCAGGAGGAGCAGAACACAGCCUGCGGAGCCAUGAGCCACGCCCAGGAGCCCAGCGACCUCAGCGCCGCCACGGCCUCUGUCGUCCACGCUCCGGAGCCGGUGCCGGUGUCCCCGCCCCCGCGCGUCGCCGGGCGUGAGGAAGAGGAGGAGCGAGACCUGAACAAGGCCCUCGGGGUGGAGCGCUUCCAGCAGAUCCUGCACCCCGCCCCCCGCGGGCCCGCCGAGCAGCACCGCGUCUACAACGAGGAGGACUUUGAGUACCACCGGCACUCCUCCCACCACAUCCACCACCCGCUGUCCAAGCACCUGGCCCCCGACGGGCGCAAGAAGAAGGGCAACAAGAAGAAGAAGGGGGCGGGGCGGAGGAGGGGCUCGGCCAGCAGCAGCGCCGCCACCAUCGAGGAGGACGAGGAGGAGGACGAGGCUGAGGAAGAGUCCUGCAGCCAGCACGACGGGGAGGGGCACCCGACCACGCCCACGCCCGACACCGACACCGACACUCAGACCGGGGAGGUGCAGUUCUUUGUUUCAGAAGACGACCACUCUUCCUCCUCAGCCAGUAAGUCUGGCACCCGCACACCCCCACGCCGCCUGGACAUCGUGCCUGAAUCGGCCCUGAGAAAGGACAGCAUCCCAGAAGAUGCCACACCCACAGACGAGCCAGAGCCGGCGCCGUCCCACCACAAGGACAGCAACGGGCUGUCCAGCCCGGCCCCCGGCCCCGCCCCCGCCCCCGUCCCGGCGCCGCCUGCCUCCCCGCGCUCCCUGGCCUCGGCCAGCCCCCCCGCCCGCGGCUCGGCCUCCUCCGUCUCCAAACUCGGGCUGGCGGGGCGCAGCUACGACCUGCAGGAGCGCCGCCGCACCGGCAACAUGACGGGCGCCGAGCUGGCCCGGUACCAGCGCAUCCCCACCGACGAGAGCGAGGCGCAGACGCUCGCCUCGGCCGACCUGGACGGGAUCAAGAGUCACCGUUUCGAGGAUGUCCCCGGUGUGCGCCGUCACCUGGUCAGGAAGAGCACCAAGGGCCAAGUGGUGCACAUCAGCAAGGACCACAAGGAGCCCAGCACCCGCAGCCGAAAACUGGACCGCACCCCGCACGAGCCGCCGGCGUCGUUCCGCUCGUCGUCCUCCUCUUCCUCGCCGGGCAGGAUGGUCCUGCUGGAUUUCACCGGCCGCCUGGCUCGCCGUCAGAAGGUGUUCGUGGAGCUGAACGAGCUGAUCAUGGACAAGAACCAGGAGAUGCAGUGGCGGGAGACGGCGCGCUGGAUCAAGUUCGAGGAGGACGUGGAGGAGGAGACGGACCGCUGGGGCAAGCCCCACGUGGCCUCCCUCAGCUUCCGCAGCCUGCUGGAGCUCCGCAAGACCAUCUCUCACGGGGCGGUCCUCCUGGACCUAGACCAGAAGUCCCUGCCUGGGAUCGCGCACCAGGUGGUGGAGCAGAUGAUCAUCUCGGACCAGAUCAAGGCGGAGGACCGCGCCAAUGUCCUGCGGGCCCUGCUGCUCAAGCACAGUCACCCGAGCGACGAGAAGGACCACGGCAGCGGCUUCCCGCGCAACAUCUCGGCGGCCAGCCUGGGCUCGCUCAUGGUGCACCACCACAGCGCCAACCACAUCGCCCAGACCGAGCCGUCCGUCACCGACCCCCUCAUGGGCACCGGCGGCGGCAUCGGGUCCGAGACCGACGCCCGCAUCGACAUGGAGAAGAACGAGAAGGAGAUGCCGCCGGUGUUGGGCAUGCACCGCUCCAAAUCCAAACACGAGCUGAAGCUGCUGGAGAAGAUCCCCGAGAACGCUGAGGCCACCGUCGUCCUCGUGGGCAGCGUGGACUUCCUGGAUCAGCCCACCAUGGCCUUUGUGCGGCUGCAGGAGGCCGUGCUGCUGGAGUCGGUUCUGGAGGUGCCGGUACCGGUCCGCUUCAUCUUCGUCCUGCUGGGGCCCCCCAGCACCAGCAUGGACUACCACCAGAUCGGCCGCUCCAUCUCCACUCUGAUGUCCGACAAGCACUUCCACGAGGCGGCCUACCUGGCGGACGACCGGCAGGACCUGCUGAACGCCAUCAACAGCUUCCUGGACUGCAGCAUCGUGCUGCCCCCGUCCGAGGUGGGCGGGGAGGAGCUGCUCCGGUCGGUGGCCCGCUUCCAGCGGGAGAUGCUCCGCAAGAGGGAGGAGCAGGAGGUCAAGCUGCUGGCCAAGGAGCCCAAGAGUCCCGAAGACAAAGCUCUCCUCGCGCCCUUCAAGCCCGGGGAUGACCCGCUGAAGCGGACGGGUCGCCCGUUCGGGGGCGUCAUCCGGGACGCCCGCCGCCGCUACCCCAAGUACCUCAGCGACUUCAAGGACGCCAUGAACGCCCAGUGCAUGGCCGCCGUCAUCUUCAUCUACUUCGCCGCCCUGUCGCCCGCCAUCACGUUCGGGGGGCUCCUGGGCGAGAAGACGGACGGGCUGAUCGGCGUGUCAGAGCUGAUCAUAGCCACGGCCCUGCAGGGCGUGAUCUUCAGUAUUAUCGGGGCCAACCCCAUGCUGAUCGUGGGCUUCUCCGGCCCCGUGCUGGUGUUCGAGGAGGCCUUCUUUUCCUUCUGCACGGCCAAUGGCAUGGAGUACCUGACGGGCCGGGUCUGGAUCGGGUUCUGGCUCAUCAUCAUCGUGGUCCUCAUGGUGGCCUUCGAGGGCAGCUUCCUGGUCUGCUACGUGUCCCGCUUCACGCAGGAGAUCUUCGCCUUCCUCAUCUCCCUCAUCUUCAUCUACGAGACCUUCUCCAAGCUGGGCAAGAUCUUCCAGGAGCACCCGCUCCAGCGCUGUUCCCUGGACAACGGCACGGCUGACAAUAACACAGGAAUCCCGUUGCCGGGCAACGGCACCGACGCGGGCCCCCCCGCCAAGGUGCGGGGCGAGCCGAACACCGCCCUCCUGUCCCUGGUGCUCAUGUCCGGGACGUUCUUCAUCGCGUUCUACCUGCGCAAGUUCAAGAACAGCGCCUUCUUCCCCGGCAGGAUCCGGAGGGUGAUCGGAGAUUUCGGGGUCCCCAUCGCCAUCCUGAUCAUGGUCCUGGUGGACUACAGCAUACGGGACAUCUACAGCCAGAAACUGAGCGUGCCCAGCGGCUUCUCGGUGACCAGCCCGGAGAAGCGCGGCUGGGUGAUCAACCCGCUGGGGUCGGACGGCCAGUUCCCCAUCUGGAUGAUGGCUGCCAGCAUCCUGCCGGCGCUGCUGGUGUUCAUCCUCAUCUUCAUGGAGACGCAGAUCACCUCGCUGAUAGUCAGUAAGAAGGAGAGGAUGCUCGUCAAGGGCACGGGCUUCCACCUGGACCUGAUGAUCAUCGUCACCGUGGGCGGGAUCUCCUCGCUCUUCGGCCUGCCCUGGCUGGCCGCCGCCACCGUGCGCUCCGUCACCCACGUCAACGCGCUCACCGUCAUGAGCAAGGCCGUCGCCCCCGGCGACAAGCCCCGCAUUCAGGAGGUCAAGGAGCAGCGGGUGACCGGGCUGCUUGUUGCCAUCUUAGUGGGCCUGUCCAUCGUGAUCGGGGACCUCCUGCGGCAGAUCCCCCUCGCGGUGCUGUUCGGCAUCUUCCUCUACAUGGGCGUGAUGUCACUCAACGGCAUCCAGCUGACCGAGCGCAUGCUGCUGCUGCUCAUGCCCCCCAAGUACCACCCCGACCACACCUACGUGCGCAAGGUGCGGACGCUGCGCAUGCACCUGUUCACCGGGAUCCAGAUGGUGUGCCUGGCCGUGCUGUGGGCGGUCAUGUCCACCGUGGCCUCCCUGGCCUUCCCCUUCGUUCUCAUCCUCACCGUCCCCAUAAAGAUGUUCCUGAUGCAACGCAUCUUCACUCCCCGCGAGAUGCAAUGUCUGGACGCCGAUGAUGCAGAGCCCACGUUCGAUGAGAAGGAGGGGCAGGACGAGUACACUGAGAUGCACAUGCCGGUUUAAGACACGCCCCUUCCUCCCGCACCCCUCUGAAUGGCUACACCGACCUGCCAGUCACUCAGCCAGCUGGCCCUGCCCUCUCCAAGUGAACGCCCCUUCCCCCUUCUCCCAGUGUAUUCAUAAUAGCUUUUCAUUUUCUGACCGUUUUAUUUUAUAUUUGUAACCACGUUUCUUUUGUUUGACUAUGGCAAUCAUUGUUAUAAUCGGUCUUCCUGAUUGAUUCGUGUAGGUGUAGUUUUCAGGAAGACGAACUGGGGGAGGGAGGUGGAGGGUAGACGUAGCGGGGCAGAGAAGGGAAACGAAGGGGCGGCAGGUGCAUGGGGGCUAGGGGCGGAGCUACAAGCAGGUCAUGUGGCAUAAGCCCCGCCUCCCCCACGCCUCCCAGCCAACACGGCCAGCGCCACAAAGCCGCUCAAACCUGAAACGCAGCAGAGCUCACCUGAGUGACAGGCUCCCAGACCGCGUCCAUGACGACCGCGUCCAUGACGACCGCGUCCAUGACGACCGCUCUCAUGAGCCGCGGUUGCGGUCCUCUCUCUCUCCCCGGCUCUGCCAAGGGACCACUCACAAAACCGCACUACCCACGCUGCCUUCGGGGUGGACAGGAAGAGCACGAUCUACAGUCCCUCAGCCGCUGGAGCCCUGUUGGGGGAGGGACCCAGCUCCUUCAUCUCGUGAUGUCACAUCCUCCUGCCACUGCUGUUCACGCGAGGGCAAAAUGAAAAAGACUUUUCAUGCCGGACCGGCAUAUUUCCCAUAGAAAUAACACCGCGUAGCGCUCGACCUGCCUGUUUGCCCCAGUAGAGGCUGGCUUCUCCAGUUCCAUCACUGCUGUCUAAACUACAGACGUAGACAGACCAGAACAGAGAGAAAGAAAUAAUACGCUCAUAUGUCAGCUGCAAUGGCACAUCCACACUAGACCAAAUGUAUCGGUGCCUUUACAUUUGGGAAAAAAAAAAAAAAAGAAAACACUGCGUCCUUUCCCAAUUGAUGUGCAGGUGCAAGCAAAGAGUAUAUUAUGGAUAUUUCAGUUGGAAAUGUACUCCUUUCAGUGCUACAUUUAUGGAGAGUGGGUAGGUCUGAAUGGCUGUGUACAUAUUUCAGGCAUUAAGCGUGGCUAAAAACUACAGUACCAAAGAGGCCACUACAGGACAUUGUGAAUGUGUAUUUGGGGGUGGUAUGGGGUGGUUAGGGCAGGUAGGGAAGGGGGGGCGCAUAUGAAAAUGGGGGGUGCGUCAAAACCACCUGAGAAACACAGGCAGCGAUAAUAGGACAGAUCUUCAGCGGCGUCACUAAUGCUAGCCUGCAGUCCGCUAGGUGAAGAGCAGAGGGGACUUCUCCUCUCGGUAGGUACUUGAAAUCCAGUGCAUGGCGCGUCGGUGUCUGCAAUGACCAGGCCUUGCCAGCAGAGGGAGACACACAGAAUGUUGUACAAAGAUUAGCCCGUUGUCACUGUGACUGUGGAUAUUUAACACUGUGUUACGUCGUUCUCCGCAUUUUGGUGGGCUACAGAAUAGCAUCGACUCUCACUGUGAUUCACUCGAACGCUUUCUUACCAAAACCCUUCGUUCAGUACCAUGCCUCGUCAAAAUAGGCUGCUCCUGUGGCUAGUGAUUUUUUUAAAACAUAUAUAUUUUUUAAAUAAAUGUAAGUCUUUUUGGCCUACAAACCAAAAGGAGCCUUUGCUGGUUCCUUGUGAAGUAACUGUUAAGAUAGAUCUGAAAAAUUCAAAGCAGCCGCUUUCCAUGUUCACAAAUUUGCACUUGUACUCUAUGUUUUUAUUGUGAACUGACUGAACGUGACAUAUCACUGUGUUUUCUUCUAGAGUAUUUCUGCAGCAAUGUUUGAUUUUAAUAGGUGCCUUGCCAUCAUAGAGGACCAUUCUCUCUCUACUAGUAUUAUUUGCACAACAGUCUAAAAGUUUAAUUUACACAUACUGCUUUUUUUUUUUUUUACACAAAACUAGACACUAAAAUCCCAGCGCACAAAUUCACACUCUUGCAACACUGCUGAAAUUUUGGGGUUGGGGGGAGGGUUACACCGUUCUGAAUGUGCAUUAGUUUGGACGAGCCUCUUUCUCUUGCCACACAACCCCGAAGUGGAGUUGUGUGGGCAGGCUCGGAAUGGGGAGUUUGUGGUAUCGUGAGGAAGUGCACCACACACACACACACACACACACACACACACACACCAGUAGGUCCGUAUGUUUGUUUGGUUGUUUUGUGAGGACAUAUUCCCUUAUGAGGACACUACAUCUUUUCAGCCUCUUUCUAAGGUGGGGGUGGGGUGGUGUUGUUUUUCUUUUUUUUUGCACCCACUUUUUUCCAAAACAUAAAGCUGAAUCUGCCCUGCUGCGAUUGGUCAGAAUCUGACGCUAGCCGUGAUUGGUCGGAGCCUUUAAAGGAAUCAUGGAUGACUCUGAAACUGGGGUGUAAAGGUUUAUCUUUUCUAAAUUCUUAUGCAUUAUUCUUACCCAAAAAACGGUUUCAUUUUUGUUAUAGUUUUGGAGAUUGGGUGCCUCCUUAAUUCAUAGCAUACUAUGCAGGAUUUCAAACCUUGCUGUGGUACUCUGUCCUUAAACAUUAUGUUAUGUUAUCUUUUCCACAAUGGCACUGGCCAUUAAUGAAUUUAAACCUGAGAUAUCGAGAGAUGGAGUUGAUACAUUCACCUAGACUACUAUCAGACUACUGACCAAUCACGCCAGUGUGCGGUGCUUUUUGAACGAAAGCAGGUGCAAAAAAAAAAACAAUAAAAACGUGGGUGGGUGGAGUGCAUGCAGGAGGCAUCGAAAAAGCUUGAAGGGAAUAUCAGUAGCAGUGUUUAAAGGAUCUGGGUCGAUUUUAAUUUUCGAUUCACGACAAUGUUUUAACAGUUUUAAAGCUGAAUGAUAGGAUGGGUGAUUCCAUUCACCACUACACACAAGACUGAAUUGUGCCUCUUGGUAAAAAAAAAAAUACACAGUGUGGUAUAUACAGUUUUUUUUUUUUUUGCUGAAUGAAGUGUUGGGUAACAGUAUGGUUUGUGGAAUGUGUGUGAGAUAUAAGGGGACACGGGUUCAAAUCUUGCAGGAUUGCGUAAAAAAAUUUUUAACAGUUGCCCAAAAUCCUGUUUUGUGGACUUGUCCACUUGCCUGUGUAGGGUGAUACUGUAUGUAUUCAGCACCAGGUCAGAAGUGACUUUUAAUGUUUUUGGGAUUUCAUUAUGUGCCACCAAGAGGGUGAAAAAAGUCAAUUCAUCUCAGUCUCCUUUAGAAAUUAUGACUUUGCUUUACAUAUUCCACAUUUUCUUUAUCAUGUUUUAUCAAUUUUCUGAACAAAUGUUGUUCGGUUUUUAGUAUUUAAAAGCAAUCAUUAUUCAGUAGGUUGGCAUAAUGAGAGUAAACCUGAUGGAAAUGAAAGAAAAUUAUAUUAAAAAGAAUAUAUUAUAUAUAUAAAUGUAUGUGUAUGUUAGUAUAUUUUCCUAGGAAUCGAUCUUGACGUUAGCGAUAAGCUUAAUAUCGUAUAACUGGAAUCCCAUCCCAGCUGUUCAAAUGGACAAUCUUCCUUUUUUUUGGUGUCUUUUAGGUGGAGGUUUCUUGGCUUAUUUUUAAGAUGUUAUUUUUCUAUACACAUGUGCAUUAUAUAAAAAAAGAAGUAUGAAUACCUUUUUAAAGACAGAAUAUUUUUCCAAGGUAUAGGACUGGAUUGUUUCAAUGCUGUGACUGUCUCCCAUUAGUAAAAGCCGCCCUCUGCAACAUUCUUGUUCCGGGUCCUUUUGGUGUUGGUUUCUAGAGUAACACAGUAAUGCCAUGUGCCACACUGCACCUUUAAAAACACUGUUGAACCAUGUGACAUUGCCAGACCACGUUUACUGGUAUCCCACUAAUACUUUCCUGUGCCCCAGUAAAAUGAUGGUGAAAAAAUAUGCUUUUGCAUUGUGUCAAAAAACACAUGUCUGGACUAAGCGUGGCAAAUUUGGUGGUGAUCAUAUUUUAUAGCGUAGAUUAUCUGCAAAUAGUGACCUCUACCACUGUCAAACAAGCAGGUGGACAACUAAGAGGAGAAAAGAAAACAGAUGGAUUGACGGCUGCAGAAACUCAAUUUUCAGGGGUGUGAGUGCUGGGGGUGUCUGUGCCCCAGUAGAGCUUUAAGUCUAGCAGAGCCCCUAUGUCGAACAACAGUGUCAGUACCAUUCAUUUGUCAUACCACUGACCGAAACGAAAUGACCAAAUACCAAAAUUCUGAAUUAUUUGUGUUACUUACAACACACACAUUUUUUCAUGUUUCAGGGAGAGCAAACUGCCGGUAAACCAAAGCAUGUUGCAGGAAAAGAGGGGGUGCUUUUUCAGAGGUGGAGAACGCCACAGCUUUGAGCGUCCUCAGCACCGUCAGGUCAUAUCUGCACGUGCCUGUCUGUUACAUACAGCUCACUGUGUAUUUAAGAGUCCCCAGGGUUAGACCUCUCCACCGCUUUCUAGCGCGCUUUGACUCGUUUCAACUGACUGACUUCAGGAGCGCAGUGUGCGUUUGUGGGGAAUGAGUGUGUGUGUGUGUGUGUGCAUGCGUGCAUGUGUGUGUCUGCAUGUGUGUGCGUGUGUGUGUCUGUACGUGUGUGCGUGUCCUUGAGUGUGAGUGUGUGUCCCUGUAUGUGUGUGUGUGCGUGUCCUUGAGUGUGUGUGUGUGUGUGUGUGUGUGGGGUACAGGACGCUGCCUGCUGCUUCUCGUCACUACUCAAAAGCAUGUUUCUGCAUUGCAGAAAGAAGGGUUUCUCUGUGCAAUGCUGCAGUCAUUAACUAAAACCUAAAGUUCUGAUUAAGCCAGUUCUGAGUGUUGCCAGGAGUAACGUGGGGUGGCACAUGAUUGGCCAUAGCUGUGCCCAAUAGUGAGCCCCCUCUGGUCAGUGACACACAGGCCUGUGGCACGAUACCCGCUGUAGCUCAGCUGGCAGUCUGCAGAUCAGCCAAACUCAACACCAGUGCUCUCUGGUAGAUGUGCACAGUAGUCCUCGCCCUGCUUGAACUGGCACCGAUGGGACAAACCGACUGGAGGAGAAAAAAAAAACCGCCAAUCCAGAAAUAAAUUUUAAAAACAAACAGGAAAAUGGAGAUGAUGUAGACAGAUUUCACUAGCCCCUGGAGAGCUGCCGGUGCUCGGCUUGUCACUCGUAAUAGAUCUGCCCGUUUAGGCAUGUCGCCGCUGACGCCUGGUGAUGAAGUUUUCUGUCACCUGCUGUGUUCGGCAAUGACGUCGCUGAGCUCAUCAGCGUUAAGCCAAAACACCGAGGAGGUCCGGCAGACUCAAGGUCUGCCUGGUUCCAUAUUUAACCCUCUAAGGUGUGAGGUCACGAAUAUGUGUUCUUACCUGAACAUUCUAAUGCUGAUGUCACAAUCACUACUGGUAAUAGAAAGAAAUGGAGUUCUAGAACACUGACUUAGAAUAGGGUUAAAUCUCGCUGCCCUUAAAAGGGCAUUUUUAGACGUGGAAUCCCAGUGACGGUGAUCAGGGGCCCUAGCAGGAUGAAAACUAUCCUGUCAAAAACUGUCCGGCUUCCCUUGUCCCCUCGCUGCAAGUGGCAGGACCUACCAGAGAACCGCACAGACAGGGAGGCCCGAGCGGUUCUGUGCACUUCACACAACGUCAGGAAUAAUUCCAGCCCUCGUCUGAAGCUUCAUGUCAGUGGGCCGUCCUGCUUGAACACCACACGUUUCCUUAGACAGACAAAAGGGCUAUUCAAAUGUAAGACUAAGAGUUUUUACACACCUAAGAAAACGCUUCUAUGUAUAGUGGCUCUGGCACAGAGGCACACUUGACCGUGAUUUUUCAGACAGGUGAACUGAGUCAGCGUACAGCAGGAGAAGGAAGUGAGAGCGCCCACUAUAGGAGAGAUUGUCUUCAUCGUGUCAAGACUGUCAGCGCGUGACAGCUGAUGUGGUUCACACCUUAAUUACCGGUUUAUAGAAAUGUGAUUUUUAUUUUUUAUGGCUCAUUGCUAGACGGUCUUCUGUACAAAUCUAGGUUGACUAUAUCAAUGACAAAUAAAGUGACCUUUUUCUAUUUA